AUGGCGGCGCACUCACAUCUGAUUACUGAUGGAUCGACGAUUACAAAAGAUUGGUUAGAGAAUUAUUUGUUGGAGGAAUAUGGGUGUCCUGUGGAGAUUGCCCAGGUAUCACCGUUGUCGGAUGUUCUUGGAAUGAUGUCGAUUAUGCGUCGAAUCACGUUACGAUGUAAAGCCACCGAUCGAGAAUGCUGCCUUCCUGAAACAAUGAUAAUAAAGUUUUGUGUCAACUUUCAUGAU